UGUUAUAUGAUAAACAUAUAUUUGUCAUUUAGUUUUGGAAUAGCAUUAAAAUGUUUCCGCCUAUCACUUGAAUGUCAACUAUGUAUUACCGACACUGAUGUUAACCAUAUAUUCAUGCUUGUAUUAGAACAUUGUGGCAAUUGUUGUCUGUUUAUUUUUAAAAAUUGGGAUAAAAUAGAACAGUACUCGAGCGAGCUUGAAACUGAUGAAGAGUAUGAUUUUGAAUUAAGAAAAGCAUUGCUAAAUAGUUCAAAUCGCACUAAUAAAGAUUUAAAUUUAAUACCAACAAGCCUCAAUAAUUCAAAAGAAAGCAUGUUGAGCACAGCCGAACAUUGUUACUCACGUGCUUUGACAUUGAAAACAAAUACUGAUGACAAGAAUAAUCUGAGUAAACAGAUAGGUUAUGUUUACAACGAAAACAUUAAAAUCUACAUCGAAGAAAUAAUAAUGGCUAUAAGCAAUAAUAUUCCUCUAAGUCCUUUAAAGUUAAAAUGGUUUGCAAAAAAAUCAAAGACUUUUUGUUCAUUGGGAAGUAAUAUAUUUCAAAAAGUUGAUGAUAAAGAUAAUUUUGCAAUAAUAAAUUCAAACUUGGAAAAAUUGUACGGAUACAUAGCACAUUAUUCUACAAAAUAUGUAGUACCUCUCAAUACAUUUGUAAAAACCGAGAUUAUUAAUUUCAAGGCUGGAAAAGCUUACAAGAAAAGAUUGUCAAAAAUGGGUAACCGUAGUUCUAAUUCACAACAAUGGGAUAUGGUUUAUUAUAAAUUAUCCUCAUCUCUAUUCCAUGCGGCUGUAAACGAAUAUUUAGCCAUAUGCCGAUGCAAUUCUAGUAACUAUAGGAAAUGUAUCGAUUUGUUCAUGGAAGCUUUGGAUUAUUGCGAUCUAAAAAAUGAAUCGCCCAAAAGAUUUGUAUAUGAGUAUCAAGCAGCAUAUAUUAACUUUGGUCUAGCAUCAUUAUCUUUUGGUCGUUUAGAACAAUGUUUUACUGAGGAAUCUCCAGAGUUACAUCCUGUUUUCGUCCAGAUUAAGUCUUACUGUAAUAUUUCAUUUGAAAUCUUUUUUAAAAUAGAGCGUCCAUUAGAAUCUUUUGAGGUUCUCAUAAAAAUGAUAACCUUAGAUAUUCACUUAAUUGAUAGAACGAUAGGUCCAGGGAAUCUCAAAUAUGUCAAGUCCAUUAUAGAAACAUUGGAAAAAUGUGUUGCAGUGUUUCAAAUGUUUUCGGAGAAUAAGGACACAAUGAAAUAUUCAUAUAGUGCUGAUCAAACCGAGGAGUUAACUAUUGAAGAUGGCUUACACUUUGAAAUGAGAAAAUUACAUUUUUUAUUAAUUCUAGAGGAAAAUGUACUUAAACUUUUGAAAUGUAUGAUCCAUCUAGCCUUGGAUAAAUCGUCAGUAAAGGAAAUAAAAUGGCUAGCUGACAAAGAAGAUGAGCUGAAAAUAAUCUAUAGUGUAUUGUUAAGAAAUAGUGUUGGUGACAAUAAUUAUUCACAACUAACGACAGCUGUAAAACAAUUAUCUACAUUUAAAUGAUUUUAUUUAUUUUUAAUUAAUCGUUUCAUCUAUUUAUAUAAUUUUUUUAAUUAUUAUAUUUUCUGAACAUUAUUUUCCUCAAUGUUUUUAAUUAUUUAAUACAGAUAAAGAAAGAGAAAGACAAUAUUAACUAUAUCAAUAUUGUCAAUACAAACUGAUGUGAAAUAAAACGCCCAUAUUUUUCAUAUUAAUAAGUUGUAGAUGAUUAAAUUUAAAUGAAUGAGCUAUGAGUUCUUUCCAAACACUGUACAGAAGUAUAUUUAUGCAC